AUGGGAGGAAACAUUUGCAAGCACAUCCAGGGAGUAAAUGUUGAAUGCAGGUUGUGCAAUGGUGUUGUUGAGACUAUUGAUCACCUCUUCCUUCACUGCCAAGCUUCUCAGGUAACCUUAUUUGCUUCUCCGAUGAGUCUCAGAAUCAACAAUGCUCACAACACUGUGGAGGAAUAUAUCAAUCUGCGGAUGGAAGCUAAAGAUAAAUAUGCGUCUCUGAAGAUGGGAGCUUGUGUUUUUUGGGCUAUUUGGAAAGCCGGAAACUCGGUUGUGUUCGACAAAGGAAGCUUCAUCAUUCAAGCAGUGAUUCAAGAGGCCAUGUAUUGGUACAACCUUGACACUAAGCCUUAUGCUACUUCAACUUUACCUACAGAAUCUGAUAUUCUUGAUUCUCAUAACGAUCAGUGGAUUCCUCCUCACAUCAACACUAUAAAAAUAAACUUUGAUGGAGCGGCUGGUCCAAAGGGGUUCGCUUGUAGUGCAGUAGCCAGAGACAGUACUUCUUCCUUCCAAGGUUGUCAAACUAAGACCUUUCAAUAUAACUCUGCGGUGGAGGCUGAAACAAAUGGAUCCCUUCUUGCUCUCGAAUUGGCCAGAAACAGAGACUUCAAGGAUAUCAUUUUGGAAGGUGACUCUUUAAUCAUUAUCAAUUCCCUCAGAUAUUCGAGUUUUCAGACUCACUGGAAAAUCAGGAACACCCUCAGCAGAUUGAAAGACUUAGUACUUCAUUUCAACUUUGUGUCUUACCAGUAUAUUAAAAAGGAGGCCAAUUCAGUGGCUCACCUUCUUGCAGCUCACGCUGUGUCUACCCAUUCUUCAAAUGAAUGGUAUUCUUCCCCUUCUUCUUGUAUUACUCAUCUCUUUGAGAGAAUGAGUACUUCUGUCUAG